AUGAAAAAUUAUAAGAACCGACCAACUGGAUUUGCACUAUUCCCUGAGGUGAAUUAUGUGCACGCUUACCAUGCUAGGCGUGGAAAAGGUCGCGGCCUUGGUCGUGGACGUGGUCAUGAUGACCAAGAAAGAAACCUUGUUUCAGGUGUUAAUCAUUCAUCAAAUAAAAGGAGAAAAGAUGAGAAACAUGAAGCAAUUACUUGUUUCCAAUAUGGUGGAAAAGGACAUUAUUCACGUGACUGUCGUGCUCUCAAGUGUGAUAAAAUUCGUGACUAUGUACUAGAACAUGCUCCUCUAAAUGAUCAAGUGACUUCUCCAAUGAUUCAAAAAGACAUUGUGACUGCAUGUAAAAUAGAGACAAUUAAAGUUAUUCUUGAGGAAUUAAAUGGUGAUUACUUUGCUUUACUAGUUGAUGAAUCUUUUGAUGUAUCCCGUAAAGAGCAAAUGGCUAUUAUAUUGCGAUAUACUGAUGGAAUGAGAUUUGUAAUGGAGCGACUUAUUAACAUUGUUCAUGUUCAAGAUACUAGUGUUUUAUCUCUAAAGGGGGCAAUCGUUAAUUUACUUGCUCAACAUUCCUUGAGUCUAUCAUCCGUGCGUGGAAAAUGUUAUGAUGGGAAAAGUAAUAUGCAAGGUGAGAUAAAUGGUCUUAAAGUGUUGAUUAGGCAAGAAAGCAAAUCGGCUCAUUCUAUCCAUUGUUUUGCUCAUCAACUUCAACUAACUCUUGUUGGGGUCUCAAAAAAAUGUAUUGAAGUGGGAAAACUUGUAGUGUUAGUUUCAAAUAUUUUAAAUGUAUUGAGAUAUUUCUUUAAGCGCAUGGAUGAACUUCAAGAUUCUCAAAAACAUAAACUUCAAGAGGCAUUAGAUAUGAGUGAAGUUACUACCGGUAGAGGCUUGAAUCAACAACUUGGUCUAUCAAGAGCUUGUGAUAUUCGUUGGGGAUCCCAUUAUAAAUCCUUUAGCAAUUUUAUUUUGAUGUUUGGCUCUAUUCUUGAUGUUCUUGAAUCACUUGUUCUUGAUGCACAAAAUAUGAAUAAAGAGCCAAGGCAAUGGAACAUCUUGAAGCUUGUCGAACAUUUGAGGUUGCUUUCAUGUUGCACUCGAUGA